AUGGCCUCUAGUAAUGUGCCCGUCAAGAAUGCUUCAGGCCGUUAUGACAACGUAGACUUUCGGAAAGCAGCAGGUUAUCAACAUCCACCCAUCAAGUGCAGCUACAACCGCCGCGAUGUUCUCCUCUUUGCCAACGCGAUUGGUGUCAAGAAAGACGAGCUUCACUUCCUCUAUGAGCUCCACCCUCACUUCGCCGCCUUUCCCACUUUUCCCAUCAACCUCGCCUUCAAGCAGACAGACCAGGAUGUUUUCGACUUCAUCGCGCGGACAACGUCGGGCCAGGUUCCAGGCGUUCCGCCUUUCGACGCUCAGCGUUCUGUAGAUGGUGAGAGGGGCAUCGAGAUCAUCCGUCCAAUUCCGGUGUCCUCGGCAGGCUUGGACUUCGAGGUUCGGAAUAAGGUGAUUGGAGUGUAUGACAAGGGUGGCGCCAUGAUUUUGGAAGCAGAGCAGCUGCUUGUCGACAAAAACACAGAAAUCGUUUACACUAAAAUGACCUCCACUGCAUUCGGCAUCGGACAGGGAGGCUACGGCGGGCCCCGUGGACCGGCAAAACAGGCCGUUACGCUGCCAGACCGCCGGCCUGACGCCGUGCACACGAUCAAGACAACCCCGGAAGCCGCCCUCCUCUACCGCCUCUGCGGCGAUUACAACCCGAUGCACGCCGACGAGGCGUUCGGUCAGCGCGCUGGGUUCAAGGGCUCCAUCCUCCACGGCCUCGGCACGUGGAACAUGGCCGCCCACGGUCUGCUGCAGAAGCUAGGCGACAGUGAUCCCAACCGCUUCAAGGCUUAUGGCGCAAGGUUCAAGAGCGUUGUUUAUCCCGGGGACACGCUGGAGACUCGCAUGUGGGUGGUCAAGACCGAAGGAGGGAUGGACGAUGUCGUAUUUGAGACGAUCGUUAAGGAGGACGGCAGAGUUGCGCUAUCGAACGGAUAUGCCAAGAUUGCAAAUGCGAAAGUGAAGCUGUGA